GAGCCUGGGAUGGGAAUGCUGACUCAAUGAAACUGCAUGAAAGCCUGGGAGAGGGUGGAAGAGGGUAAACGGCAGGGGGAGAGGGAAGAGAAAGGUAACGUCCAGGGUAGACUGGCCAGAUGGAGGCGGUGUGUUUGCCAAGGUUGCCCCGGGUUGCAGUGUGCGGCGGCACCCAUGGCAAUGAGCUGUCCGGGGUGUACUUGGUGAGAGAGCUGAUGAAAGCGAAAAAAGAAGCUUUGAAGGACGAGGAGGAGGAGAAGCCAGUGUCGGUGGUGAUGGUUCUGGCGAACCCAAAGGCCGUGCAGAAAUGCCGCAGAUACAUUGACACAGACUUGAACCGCUGCUUCACUCAUGCCAACCUCAAUCGUGCCUUAUCAGAGAGGCCACCCUAUGAAAUGAUCAGAUCCAGGAAUCUGAACGCCUUGCUGGGUCCCAAAGGAAGUCAUGAGGCCGUGGAUCUUGUUUGCGACCUCCACAACACCACAGCCAACAUGGGCCUGUGCUUCAUCACAUACUCUGACUGUGACUGGAUCUGCAUGCACAUAUUCAGACACCUGCAGAUGCAGAUGCCAGACACACCAAUGAGGUACAUCCAUUUUGAUAUCCCUGAUAAAGAAUCCUAUUCUCUUGAUUCAGUAGGAAAACAUGGCUUUGCCAUGGAGAUCGGCCCCCAACCCCAUGGUGUGGUGAGGUCAAACAUCUAUACAGCGAUGAAAUUAGGUGUGCAGCACAUGCUGGAUUGGAUCCAUUUCUUCAACUCAGGUACUGUUUUUGAAGGAGGUUUUGUGGAGGUGUUCACCAUGGUUAAAAACAUUGACUACCCAAGAGACAGUGAGACACGCAACAUCACCGCCGCCAUUCAUCCUCAGCUCCAGGACAGAGACUUCUGCCUGCUUCACCCAGACGACCCUCUGUUCCAGACUUUCUCAGGGGAAACACUGAGGUACAAAGGGAAAGAGCCUCUUUAUCCGUUCUUCAUCAAUGAAUGUGCGUAUUACGAGAAAGGCAUCGCCCUCUCCCUGGCGAGAAAAAGGCAUGUGAUGAUUCCUGCGAUCCAGGUGCAGACGGAGCAGGAGCAACAAGCAGAUGAACAUUGCUUUACAUCAGAAGAAGAGGAGUGAGGCUGGAC